CGGCUGAGGAGGACAAUUGCAGAUCGACCAGCAGGUAGGAGGUCAGCACCGUCACCAUCCCCGGAUCCAGAAGUGUUCACCACCGCCGCCGCCUGCAGCUGCACCUCCCCGGUCUGGUCCGACACACUGCCCUCGGGAUGAGCGGAAAGACGUGCAGUCAAGUUCAACUUUAGACAAUGCUACAUGUUUGGUUCCUGGUGGUAGAAGAUGGCAGAAUCGGAUGGUGGCGAUUUUGCUUCGAAUCAUCCACAGAGCAGUAUGGCAAACAAGAAUAGCACCCUGCGCUGCACCUUCUCAGCUCCGAGCCACAGUGCCACCCUCCUCCAGGGCCUGUCGGUCUUGAGGGCUCAGGGUCAACUACUAGACGUCGUGCUGGCCAUCAAUGAGGAGCGAUUCCAGGUCCACAAAGCUGUGCUGGCUGCUUGUAGUGAUUAUUUCAGGGCUAUGUUUACUGGAGGCAUGAGGGAGUCGAAUCAAAGCACCAUCGAGCUGAAGGGUUUGUCCGCCCGAGGGCUCAAGCACAUCAUUGACUUUGCCUACAGUUCAGAGGUCACAUUAGACCUGGACUGCAUCCAGGAUGUCCUCGGUGCAGCCGUCUUUCUCCAGAUGGUGCCGGUCGUGGAGCUGUGCGAAGAGUUCCUGAAGUCCGCGAUGAGCGUGGAGACGUGUUUGCACAUCGGCCAGAUGGCCACCACCUUCAGCCUGUCCUCUCUUAAGGAGUCGGUGGACGCCUUCACCUUUCACCACUUCCUGCAGAUAUCCAAGGAAGAGGACUUCCUGCACAUUCCCAUGGAGCGCCUUGUUUUCUUCCUGAAGAGCAACAAGCUGAAGAACUGCAGUGAGAUCGACCUCUUCCAUGCCGCCAUCAGAUGGCUCCGCCACGACGAGUGUCGUCGCGCCGAGGCCAGCAACGUCCUCUGCCAUGUCCGCUUCCCGCUCAUGCGCUCUUCCGAGCUGGUGGACAACAUUCAAACGGUGGAUAUCAUGGUGGAGGACAUGUUGUGCCGCCAGUACUUACUAGAAGCCUUCAAUUACCAGAUUCUUCCCUUCCGACAACACGAAAUGCAGUGUCCUCGGACCCUCAUUCGCUCCGAUGUCAUGUCCCUGAUAACGUUUGGGGGUACACCGUACACCGACAACGACCGCACGGUGAGCACCAAAGUCUUCUUCCUGCCAGACCUCGCCUCUCGCCAGUUCAAAGAGCUCACAGAAAUGGAGACGGCGUGCAGCCAUGCCUGCGUGGCUGUUCUCGAUAACUUUGUUUACGUGGUCGGGGGACAGCACUUGCAGUAUCGCAGCGGCGAGGGCGCCGUGGACAUGUGUUACCGCUUUGACCCUCACCUGAGUCAAUGGCUGCGCAUCCAACCGAUGCAGGAAGCACGGAUUCAAUUCCAGCUGAAUGUGCUGCAUGGACUAUUAUAUGCCACCGGAGGGCGCAAUCGUUCCGGUAGUCUGUCGUCGGUGGAGUGCUAUUGUCCAAAGAAGAACGAGUGGACCUAUGUGGAGCCGUUAAAACGCAGGAUAUGGGGUCAUGCGGGCUCCCCGUGCGGAGACAAGCUGUACGUCUCCGGUGGUUACGGCAUAUCCUUGGACGAUAAGAAGACCCUUCAUUCCUACGACCCGGCCACCGAUCAGUGGGACUUCAGGGCUCCCAUGAACAAACCCAGAGUUCUGCACGCCAUGAUCAGCUGCGGGGACCGGGUCUACGCCCUGGGGGGUCGGAUGGACAACGUGGACCGCUGCUUUGACGUGCUGGAUGUGGAGUAUUAUGUUCCGGAGAGCGACCAGUGGACCACUGUCACCCCCAUGAGGGCGGGUCAGUCUGAGGCGGGGUGCUGCCUCCUAGACAGGAAGAUCUUCAUUGUUGGAGGCUACAACUGGCACCUGAAUAACGUCACGAGCAUCGUCCAGGUUUACAACACUGACACCGAUGAGUGGGAGAGAGACUUGCACUUCCCCGAGUCCUUUGCUGGAAUUGCCUGUACCCCAGUUAUACUUCCACAAAGCACCACGCAACGCUGACCUGGAGCCGUCACGAGUUCCAGGUCCUCAUCACUGUGUCCUCUUUUUGGGUGCAGUAUUGCAUUUUAAAAUCGUAAGACAAACAUUCCGAGGACAGGAAAUUAUUAGCAAAAGUUAAAAGUUACUUAUUUAAUAACCCUCAUUUUAAUGGAACUACAGCUUGACGGUUUUUGUUUUGUAUCAAGUCAAAUAUAACAAACGUGUAGACAGUUUGAUUGUAAGUCGAGUGGAACCUCAUCCUCAUUCUACAAGCACAAAAACGGAGCUGUCAGCAUGUGUCAGUAUUGAUAUCAAAUCGAUGAGCAUAAAAAUGCGCAUGUUUGGUUGUUGUGUUUCCUCCACCUGAAACCUCAGUCAUGCUUCUUAUUAAUCUCCAGGCUCCACUUUUCAGGACCACAACACACUACCUACUGAAGGAGAUGUUCUCCAGUUCACUGUAUUUGUUGACACUGCAGUCGCAUCAAUCAUUAAUGUUUCUGUGGGAGUACUACCAUCCGCUGCUCUUCCACUCUGCCCACUCUGCACAUUUUAAACGUUCAUUGAUGCUUCCGUCAACUUUGAUUCCAACUGCAUCGCGGCACUUUCCUGGGCAGACAAUCCUGCUCUCCUCAUGAAUAUUGUUCAUUUUUUGAUAGGAAUCAAUGAAGGUAAAAGCAGUCUAUCUGCUUCUCUCCUUGUUUGUUCGUGGUUUCCUUUUAUCUGUACAUUAUAAAUACAUGAUACUGUACUGUGUUUCAAGUGCAAUACGAAGGGGAGCUGAGGGGAAUGUAGGCUUGUCUGUGUGUCCUUUAUUAAAGAUUUAUCCUC